UAUGGAGAGUUGUGUACUAAUUCCCGAUGGUCUUUCCCUGGUUUUGCAACCUUACUCUUCGGAAAUAUCAACCAACAGUAUUGACAAAUUCGACAUGGGAGUCACUAUAUGGGCUCGAAAAAAAUUGGAAGAAGGAACAAUCCUCUAUCCCGAUGACGGGCAACUACGACUUUACACCCUACAAGUUGAAAAGUUACUAAAGAGAGACGAUAUACGAUUUAAAUUCGGAUGCUUUGAAGAAACGGAAGAGGUUGAGGGUGAAAAAAUUCGACAUUGUAAUUGGGUUCGAUUUUUGAGCAUAUGCAAUUCGGAUGAUGAAGCUAAUGUAGAAGCUAUUUAUGAUGAAAAUGAAUUGGCCGUUUUUCAUAUAAUAAGAACCGUAGAAGCUAAUGGAGAAUUAAGGGCCAAAUUCGAUUUAAGCCAUAGAUCGGCAACUACUGCAAACAUUAAAGAGGGUUGUACUCAAACUCAAAAGAAUAUUACUGACGAUAGUGGAAGAGCAACAAACAGCUUAUCAAUAUCUGCUGAAGAUCUAUCUAAACGAUCAGCCAUUAGCGACGAUUCGCAGUAUUUUUCAUUAAGGAGUAAAGAACACUCGAGAGAAGAGGAAAAGGUGCCCGAUAGAUAUGAAUGGAGAAGAACCCCUCCUGGAUCGGAUCAUCAAGUGUUAUCUGGUCAUCUAUUGGCUCCCAAUACGGGUUUACUUUCCCCACCCUCUUUAUUCGGUAACGCCCUUCUCACUAGCACACCCUUCCUCAGACCAGCUGCCGUUGACGACGGCCCAAGUAGACUACCCACCCAACCUCAAAAGAGACAAAGAGAGAGAACAUGGUUACCGUGUUCCGUAUGCGGUAAAAAGUUUGACAGGCCAUCAUUGUUAAGACGCCAUAUGAGAACGCAUACUGGCGAGAAACCCCAUAUAUGCGACGUCUGUGGUAAAGGUUUUUCAACGUCGUCCAGUUUGAACACUCAUCGAAGAAUUCAUUCGGGAGAAAAACCUCAUCAGUGCGAAGUUUGUGGAAAGAGGUUUACUGCUAGUUCGAAUCUUUACUAUCAUAGAAUGACUCACAAAAAGGAAAAGCCGCAUAAAUGCACUCUUUGUUCCAAGUCCUUCCCAACCCCCGGAGAUUUAAAAUCGCAUAUGUACGUUCACAAUGGUAGAUGGCCGUAUAGAUGCGAAGUUUGUCAAAGAGGUUUCAGUAAACCAACAAACCUACGAAAUCAUCAACUAUUGCAUACGGGCGAAAAGCCUCACGAAUGCCAUAUCUGCGGUAGUAAAUUCGCCCUUCAGAACAACUUGAAAACGCACUUGAGAACUCACGGUGAAACGGGUUCUAACCAGCAAAAUCAAAUCCAACACCCUCAACCUGCUCAACCUCAGCAGAAAAGUAUACGAGAAGCUCCUCCAGCACCACAUUGUUUUAGUAUAGAUGCCCUCUCUCAGUCCGAUCGAGAUAGAAGGUCGAACUUCGUCAGAUGGAUGACAGCAUCUUAGGAUCCUCUUCGUAGUGAACUAUUUUUUUUAUAUGUAUUUUUUCUUAUACCUUUGUUUAUUUUUUUUGUUUUAUAUUUUAUACUUUUGCAGUUGGAUUGUUAUUAAUACAAAUAAACUAUUGACAU